UGUCUGACUCUUCUGGAUGAGAGAGGCUGGGGACAAGCAACAACACAUACUGUAAAUAAUUAUUGUCCCCAUACCAUUUCUUUUUGCACGUUGAUUUGAUAGCAGAUGGAUUUGCACAGCCAUCCCUCCUGGUUCCGUUUACUGCUUCUGCUGAGUAUUUGCAUUGGAAUUACUUUGUGCUCCAAGAAGAUUACUACUACCCCUAGGAGACAAGAGCGACUGGGACCUCCACUGGACAUUCUUCUGGAAGCUGUGAACUGUACGGCCUUCAGUGUACAAUGGCGAAUGCCCAGACAACAUAUACACAACAUCAAUGGCUACACAGUUUUCUACACGGAGGUAAUUAAUGGUAAACACGUGAAACAGCUAACUCAGGAUGUUCCCCUUAAAUUGGAUAUGUUGAACUUGGGGCAACUGGAUGCCGUGGAGACAUUUAAAGUUGUCCUCGGCAAUUUACAGCCGGGAAUUCUGCACCGGGUCAGUGUUGGAGCCUAUAGCUGGGCAGGGAAGGGAAGAGCCAGCAUGCCAAGAGAUGUCUCAACCUUAUCUCCAGAUAAGUGCAUGGUACCCGAUCCUCCAUUACAGCCACAGGUCGUGGUUGUGUCGGACAUGGAAGUCGCCAUUUCCUGGAAACAAGGUGCCAGUGAAGGUAGCUCCCCGGUUCAGUAUUACACUGUGGAGUAUACAAGGCCUGAAGAAGACCAGCAGUGGAUGGCUAUUACAGAGCGGGUAGAAAUGGACUCCAUGGUCCUAAAGGGUCUUUCCCCUGACACUAAGUAUCAGUUCGCAAUAAAGGCUGUCAAUUCUUUUGGGACGAGUUUGCUCAGUAUUCCCAGCGAAAUUGUCAGGACGUUCCGCACAGACGAGUUGGGAUCUGGAUACGUAACAGACCCUAAAACAAGUGAUGACGAUGGAUAUAACGUUGAUGAUUCAGAUUAUGAUAUCUAUAUAGAUGACGUCAAACCACUUCCGCCCAUAAAACGGGGCAACACGAAGUUUGUGAUUGAGACAAAGGUGACUCCAGGGAUAUAUACAAAGAUAGUUCCUCUACGAACCACCACUGUUGCUGUCCCUGUGACAUCGGCUUUGACAGCAAAACCAUCACAGACCACCCCCUGGACAACGAGCACCACCCCUGUCCCCACUACUACCACAGUUAGAGCAACCACCUCGAAGCAAGCUAGGAAAACAGGCUUGGUGUUUCCCCCCAGGUUGUUUGAUCUAACAUGCGAGGAAACCGCCUGUCCUGCCGAUAGCUUCUGUCUCAAUGACUAUGACCGCGGCGGCUCGCAGUGCCACUGUAACCUAGGGAGAGGAGGAGAGACCUGUCAAGAUGACAUUAACGUACAAUAUCCUCAGUUUUACGGGCAUUCCUACAUGACAUUUGAGCCACUGAAAAAUUCCUACCAGACAUUUCAGAUCACUGUUGAAUUCAGGGCUGAAGGGGAUGAUGGCUUACUCCUCUACUGCGGUGAAAAUGAGUACGGUCGAGGAGAUUUCAUGUCAUUGGCUAUAAUUCGCAGGAGCGUUCAGUUCCGUUAUAAUUGUGGGACCGGCACUGCAGUCAUUACAAGUGACCGUAAAAUCAGACCGGGUACUUGGCACAUUGUCAGUCUAUACAGAGAAGGCCUAAAUGGGUGGAUCACGAUUGAUAAUGGUACCGCUGUAUCUGGCCAAUCACCGGGGCAGUACAGUAAGAUCACGUUCCGGACUCCCUUCUAUCUGGGCGGUGCACCCAGUGCUUAUUGGCUUGUGAAAUCAGCAGGGACCAACCGAGGAUUCAAAGGCUGCGUCCAGUCCCUGUCUCUGAACGGGAGGAAUAUUGACAUGAGACAAUGGCCGCUGGGGAAGGCUCUGAGCGGAGCGGAUGUUGGUGACUGCAGCAUUGGGGUCUGUGAUGGGGCGGUCUGUGUAAAUGGGGGGACCUGUACGUCUAGGUCAGCUGAUUCCUACAUGUGUCUCUGCCCUGUGGGCUAUCAGGGGAGACACUGUGAGGAAGCUUUCAUCCUGGCCAUUCCGCAGUUUAAUGAGACUGCGCGCUCCUACGCGGUGACCAGAUGGCCGUUUGAGCCACAUCAUUACCUCUCCUUCAUGGAGUUUGAUAUGACAUUCCGUCCGGAUGCAGAUGACGGGGUCAUUCUCUACAGCUACGACACCGACAGCAAAGAUUUCAUCUCUAUCAACAUGGUUAGCGGCUAUGUGGUUUUCAGGUUUGACUGCGGGUCAGGAACAGCAGUGAUAAGAAGCGAGAAACCAGUGAGCCUCGGCCAGUGGCAUGAGUUACGAGUCUCUCGGACGGCAAAAAAUGGCAUUUUACAAGUGAAUAACCAGAAACAAGUUGAAGGGAUGUCUGAGGGAGGAUUCACUCAGAUAAAGUGUAAUCCAGCCAUUUACAUUGGUGGUGUUCCUGAUUAUGACACUGUCAAGAAAAACUCCGGAGUCCUGAGACCUUUCACUGGAAGUAUUCAGAAACUUAUACUCAAUGACCGGAUCAUCAGCCUGGUGCAAGGACUGAAUUCUGGGGUAAACCUUGUGAACACCGUCCAUCCCUGCGCCUAUGUGCCAUGUGCCAAUGGUGGCAGCUGCAGACCCAAACAUGACAGCUAUGAGUGUGACUGCCCAUUGGGUUUCGAUGGGAAGAACUGUCAGAAAGUCAUAACAGAGGCCAUCGAAAUCCCGCAGUUUAUCGGGCGCAGUUAUCUCAUAUACGACAGCCGGGAGAUUCUUAAAAGGGUUUCUGGCUCUCGAUCCAACAUAUUCAUGAGGUUUAAGACCACCGUGAAGGACGGCCUGCUGAUGUGGAGGGGGGAUAGUCCCAUGAGACCAAACAGCGACUUUAUCUCACUGGGGCUCCAAGAUGGAAACCUUGUUUUUAGCUAUAAUUUGGGCAGCGGCAUGGUCUCCAUAAUGGUGAAUGGAACAUUUAACGACGGGAGAUGGCACAGGGUCAAAGCUGUACGUGACGGACAGUCUGGGAAGGUGACGGUGGAUGACUAUGGGGCCAGGACAGGAAAGUCCCCCGGUUUAAUGCGGCAGCUGAAUAUUAACGGAGAUCUCUAUGUUGGUGGAAUGAAGGAGAUUGCCCUGCACACUAACAGGCAGUACCUGGGAGGCCUCAUAGGCUGUAUCUCCCACUUCACCCUCUCCACAGACUAUCACGUCUCACUGGUGGAAGAUGCAUCCGACGGGAAGAACAUUAAUACUUGUGGCACUAAAUAGUGAGGAGACUGACAUCCUAAAGCUCUGUUUUUAUUUGCUUGCGGAACAAAGGAAGACUUUGCACUCUGAGGACAAUCUGCAAUCCAUGUCAUUCCAAAAAUGUUUCCAGACAACAAGAACCAAAAAGAAUCUUCUACCAUAUGUUUCCUUUUCUAGGACAAACUGUAAAUGCUGUAUUUCCUAACUUUCCAGUAUUGUGGGAUUCAGACCAAUGCAUGACUAAUGUAAGCGGAAUGCGUGCAUUUCUGGCACCGCUGUCCCUAACAUACACAAAAAGUCCUUGAGAACAUGGACAAGCUCGUACGUGGCCCCCUCACCAUCAACCCUUAGUAAUAUAACAAAGAAGACAAAACCUUGAAGAGUGAAAAUUGCUGGUAACUUUUAUUGGUCGCACAUUCUAUGUUAUGUACAUUAUGGUAUUUCUAUUUUUGUACGAGAUCACAGUUUAGGUGCUGGAUGACUGAGACAGGCCAUACAGUAUAUAAGAGCACCAUGGCUUGAAGAAGAAGAAAGCGAGAUUAGCUCGCUACAUGACAAGCCCCCAGAUCGCGUCAACCAAACGUUCUCCUUCUGUGCAGAUCGUCCGACUACUCUGAAUUUCUUAAAGAAUGCUAUCAUUAGUGUAGAUUUCUAAAUUGGUUGUGUACAAUUAAAUUUAAUUAGAAAAUGCUAUUUAUUUUAGAUCAACUGCACAGUUGUAGUGCGACCUUUGGUUUAUAAUGAUCAUCGUAUUUCUCGUGAUACUGCAUUCGUAAAAAGAUUUUGGUCAUUGAUUAAACCUUUACUGGCAACGGUGAGAAUUGCAUCCCCCUUUUAGUGAUCUUCUUUUCUCAGCCCCAAAGAUAACACAACCCAAAAAAAAAAAAAAAUUGUCUAAUCGCCAAGGAUAUUUGAACAAAUAUAGGGUAUUUUGGGGUAGCUGAAUCCAAAAAUGAAAGUAGAUUUUUUGAAUUGUCUCUAGUUUUUGAGAUAAUGGAUAUCCAAUGUCAUAUUUGGAAUCAGCACCACAUAGUUAACCCCAAAUCCCUCUAAUAUGGGGGGUCAUUCUGAGUUGAUCGCUAGCUGAAAAUGUUCGCUGCGUUGCGACUAAGUGAAAAACCGGCACUUAUGCACAUGCGUAUGCGGUGCAUUGCGCACGCGCAACGUACUUUCACAACGGCUGAUGUAGUUUCACACAAGGUCUAGCGAAACUUUUCAGUCGCACUGCUGCCCGCAGAGUGAUUGACAGAUUUCAGUCGCACUGGCUGCCGCAGAGUGAUUGACAGGAAGUGGGCAUUUCUGGGAGUCAACUGACCGUUUUCAGGGAGUGUUCGAAAAAACGCAGGCGUGCCAGGAAAAACGCAGGCGUGGCUGGGCGAACGCAGGGCGUGUUCGUGACGUCAAAACAGGAACUGAACAGUCUGAAGUGAUCGCAAGCGCUGAGUAGGUCUGAAGCUACUCUGAAACUGCACAAAAUUAUUUUGUAGCCGCUGUGCGAUCCUUUUGUUCGCACUUCUGCUAAGCUAAAAUACACUCCCAGUGGGAGGCGGCAUAGCGUUUUCACGGCUGCUAAAAACUGCUAGCGAGCGAACAACUCGGAAUGACCCCCAUGAUCACUAAUAAAAUGAGCGUUGAUCAGUGUAAUUUGUUACUUUUCUGCUCCCUUCUGGUGUUCCUAACAUACCUACUUGUGCACUGGAGACAGGGCUGCCAUCAAAAAUUGUGGGGCCCGAGACUCCAUUUGGAAACAGAUUCUCCCAAACCAUGCCCGAUUUUAUAGAUCAUUUAUAGAUCAUUUUUUUUUUCGUCUUAGGAAAAUCAAGACUAUUCGCAGAUCCACUUUAGGUGGUCAUUCCGAGUUGAUCGCAGCCAGCAACUUUUUGCUGCUGCAGCGAUCAACUAGCCCACGCCUAUGGGGGAGUGUAUUUUAGCUUAGCAGGGCUGCGAUCGCUUGUGCAGUCCUGCUAAGCUAAAAAAAAUUCACACAAAACAAGACCAGCCCUGGACAUACUUACCCUGUGCGAUGGAUCCAGCGAUGAUGGGCUCGACUUUGACGUCACUCCUCCGCCCUCCGUUCUCCUGGGCACGCCUGCGUUUUACUCACCACUGCCCGAAAAUGGCUCCAAACGGUCCGGAUCCGUCCUGCACCACCCUCUUCCUGUCAAUCUUCUUUGCGGUCCGUCCUGCGACCGCUUUCUUCUUAUGCCGUGACGUAACCCGGCAACCACUGUCACAGGGCAACGUCGCGAACGCGCACUGCGGCCGCCUCGCAUGCGCAUUCCGCACCCGUUCGCUCCGCAGCGAUAAACCGCUGCGUGCGAACGGGUCGGAAUGACCCCCUUAGGUCCUAUUCACUACAGUAGAAUUUUUUUUUUUUUUUACAAUGUUGCAACCCUGUUGCAUUACUGGUGAGGCAUUAACAUUACAAGUCUGUGUAUUAAAAUCAUAUGUUUAAAUGUAAAAUGAUGAUAUUUGUAGGAUAGCUCCGUUCUGGUAGGAACUGUCCAUCAUUGAAAAUAGCUGCAUAAAUAGCAAAAUACCGUUCUACUAUAUUACACCACCCACAAAUGUUAUCAUAGUGCCGAUUGAAAACAUAAAAUGACCAUGAACUAUGUGGUAGAAUUAUCCACAGAUAUUGAAAAUAGUUUUACUUAAGCCACUAAACACUAACAUUUUAGACCAAGUCCAUUUAUAAAUGGGUAAAUUAUGUAUAUGGUUACUUCCUGUUGGAACACCAGGCAUGCAAUCUCACUUACGGGUAUAUUCAUGAAGCAGUGAAAAGAGUGGAGAAGUGAGCCUGUGGAGAAGUUGCCCAUGGCAACCAAUCAGCUGCUCCGUACAAUUGUACAGUAUGCAAAUGAUAAAUUUUACUUAAAUGCUGAUUGGUUGCCAUGGGCAACUUCUCCACUGGCUUACUUCUUGAUACUUUUCACUGCUUCAUGAAUAGACCCCAGUGCAGACUCAUGAUAUUUAUGUCCAGGUAGCGUUGAGAGGGUCCAGUUUAAGGUGGUUAGUGGUUGUAUUUGCAGAUUUAUUCCUUUUCUCUUUAUCCGAAACGCCUGUGGCACAUGCAGUCUAAAAAACUGGCUUCUUAUUUUUCUGACUAUAUGAUACAGAUUAUUUGUAUCAUUCACACGCUAGGAACAAAUCUCUAGUUUUGAAUGUAUGCAGUACCUACUUAAGGGCAGCAGGUGACAUAAUACUGACAGGGAGCCAACAUGGCAUUGGAAAUUCAAAAGGAAAAUAAGAUAAAACAAAGGUAAGGAAUGUACAUAGGAAAUAAAUGUACUUUUAAAGAGCAGUGGAGGUAUUUCCAAUAAUCAUUGAAUUUUAUUUUAUUUUUUUUAUUCAAAGAAAGGCAUUGAGAGUUGGAUCAUUAGCUUUGCCAGCCUGCAGGUACGGGUGAAUCUUGGAAUUUAAGGCACAUGAGGAAUAACAGGAAAGAUAUAAGAGAUGUUAUUUUCACUACAAUGACCAUAGAUACAAAUCUACCACUACUCAUUCCCACUGUGUCCCCCGCAGAGCUAUCGUACAUUUAUGCGGAUCACGUUACUGAUUUUCUGAUUACAGGCACAAAGUUAAAUUAUAUUUUAUAUGUGUUUAAGCCUGCUGUGGAAUAUUAGUGUAUCAGCUUAGAAAUUAAGGUUUCCCUAAUUACAAGAGGAGUCUAAAUUAAUGUGAAAUUGUAAGUUCUGACAGUAUCCAAAGGACCGCAGCUGAGGUCACAUGCUCUGGGGAUGGAUAAUGUUGACAUUAGAUAUGGUAAGCAGCAGUGUUGACGCAGGUCGCACAUUACCUUUAUGAGUCAAGUUGGUGAGAAGUCGCCAGCACCCAGUGAUAGACUUUCUCCAUUGGCUGUGUGAGCACCCUGAUCUCACUGUGACAGUAACAUCACUAAGCACAGGGGAUCCGGUCUGAAGAUCAACAGUGUCU